AUGCUCUACGGCCCGGUGGAGCUCACGACUGCAACCGUUGCGGACAAGCGUGUGCUGCUGUUUACGCAGAUGUCGUCCAGUCGUACCGCACCAGGAGACAACGGCGGAAGAGGCACGUUCCGCAGAGUAAUCCACCUGUGGCUCUCCGACGGUGCCCGGACCCACGACGUUGGGCCAAUAUCUGCGGAUGAUGCAGGCGAAGCCCUUUUUAGCUCGUUGCUGUACACAAACGAUGAGUUGUUUGCCCUCUACGCGAAGGUGGGUGAGAGUGGAAGCUCUCAAAGUCUUGUUUUUGCGCGCCUCCCAGAGCAGCUGCAGCGGAUCAAGUCCGUGCUGCAAACAUGGAACGAUGUGGACGGCAGAGUUGCAAAGCUUUGCAGCCCUACCGUCACUCCCGCUGCUGCCUGCGUCGGUACUAUGCCAACGGACGGGCUGGUUGGGUUUUUGUCGAACGGUGGCAACAAUACUCACUGGAAUGACGAGUACCUUGGGAUGAAUGCCACGGUGUCCACGACGGCAACGCGGAAGGUCAGCGAUGGCUUUGAGCUGGCAGGGGCGGGGGCGCGAAUUGUGUGGCCGGUGGGCAGUAAAAGUGAGAAUGACGGGUACCCGCUUGCAUACGAGGAGCUCACACUUGUGGCGACGGUGACCAUCAACGGCGCCACAACGAGUGUCACCCCACUGCUGGGCGUGAAGACAGUGGUCACCGGGAGAUAUCUGGGGCUGUGGUACGACCAGCACAAGCACUGGAGGACGAAUUUCAGGGCAGGAGCAGGAGGAAAUGACGCACACGCAAUGGCGUGGGAGGUGGGGAAAACAUACCGAGUGCUGCUCACGGUGCAGAACGGCAGCGGCUCGGCUUACGUCGAUGGGCGGCUUGUGGGGAGUUUGGAGGAGAACCCACCAGCGACUGUGCCUGCCCGGCCUUCGCCUGCGGCUGGUCGCGAACUGCCUCCGCUGGAGGGACCGCCGGAGAGGGUCUCGCACGUCCUUGUUGGUGAAUACAGGGACAGCAAAGGAACCGCAGAGAGCCGCGUGACGGUGACGAACGUCUUGCUGUACAACCGCCGCUUCAGUGCCAGUGAGGUUGCCGCAAUGAAGAGGGCGCAAGAGCGCAAGUCGUCAGGGGCAGCCGGCACUCAGCACGCAAAGGCUAAAGCAAAGGACAUUUCUGUGCAUGGAUGUGCUUCUGGGGCGCUCUCGCUGCUUCUAUUUGCGCUGUGGGGCCUCUCCGCGCUGUGCUGA